AUGUCUUUUGUCAUGCCGGUGCCAUCCUCCGCGAGUGAGGGCUCUGCGGCUGCUGGCGACUGGGGAUUUUCGGGACCCGUGAAAGGGUUUCCUUCGGCUCAGACAGCUCCGCUGUCGACUCUCGACGUCGCAGCACCAGCGGAACAGAGUCCCGCCCAGGGGGAGCAGUGGGAAGCGCUGUACGCGUCAGUGCAGGACGCGGUGCUCAUGUAUAACGCGCAGUUCGUCUCCGCGCUGGCGGAUGGUUUCCCGCCCGCUGCUGACGUCAUAGCGUCCCUGGACGAGGCCCUGCAGGACCUGGCGAAAGACGUCUACGUGGCAAUGGAUAAGAUGGAAGAGGGAGUAAGCCAACGAGCCUCGCUGUUUCCUAUCCGCGUCUUUGCAAUGUGUGCGUCUCUGGAAGUCUCUCGCUGCCGUAGGCUGUUCCCGAAGCUGCAGGAGGAGGAGGAAGAGGAGGAGGGGCAGCAGCAGCAGAAAAGUGACCACUAUGUAGCAGGGGAAGUGUCAGGUGAAGGGGUUUCUAAGGAUGCUCCAGGGGUUUCAACAGAAGUUUCAGGAGAACUAAAAGGUUGGUCUUUCCUUGCCGCUGCUGGCAAUCUCAGGGACCAGCCAGUAUCCGCAGCGCUUCCGCCGUUGGAUGAGGACGAUCUGACGGUUCUGGAGCAGCUGUUGGAGGAGGCGGGGGACGAGAUUCAGGGCCUGUUCCUAAACUGCAAGGGGUCACUGUACGGUCUUGGUGUCACACAUGCUCGUUCCCUCGCCCGUUUUUCUAUCCUGGGGAAGGCACUGAAAGCAGCAAUAGAGGGAGCAACGGAAGCGAGUUUCACUGUGUUAAGGGAUGGACGGGAGGAAGUGAGGUAUUUGGAGAGGAGAGAGGCGGGGGAGAAGGAGGGUGGGGAGAGGAAAGAGGAGGGAGAAGGAAGAGGAGUGGGAGCGAGUGGGAGGGGAUCUGGAUUUGAGUUUGAUACUUCAAAGGUCUCAAGCGGAUGCAGUCAAUCAAACGAGGGAGAGAAGGAGAGGCGGAUAUCGGGGGGAGAGGAGGAAGAAGAAGAGGAAGACGACGAGGAUGAUGACGACAACUCUGACACUAACGAGAGUGACAAUAUCGAGGAUGACUGUAUUAUAUGGGAUGACGGGCUUCAGGAUAUCAGGGCACUGUUCGCCCCUAAGCAGUCCGUUACGACCCCCUCUGGAAAAUCUCCCUCUGCUUCUUCCACCUCCUCUACCCCCUCAGCAGCAGCACUUACACCCCAAGGGAGACCUGAAGCCACUAGCCCUGUCUUCUCUAACCAGAACCAGCAGAAGCAGCAACACCUGCGAACGCAGUCGGAGGUGAUUCUUGACUCGACUCAGAAGUCACCUAGAGCCGCUAACUCGAUUUUCUCUGACCGGCAACAGCAGAACCACCAGCGGGCCUUCUCAGUCGCUGUAACGCCUAACUUAUCCUCUGACUCGAGUAACCUGACAGCUGACAGCAAGACAUGUGCACCAGGGGCACCCACAGAAGCAGCAGCAUCCAUACCAGGAACUCCGAAAGGGCCGCGGCUGGGAGCAAGGAUUCUAUUGGAGCGAAUCCGAGACUAUCAAUGGCUGGCGGAAUGGCUAGGGAUUGACCCUGAUGAGCUGCUAAUCCACAAAGUCCUCUCCGUUGUGCCUGUAGGCAUGCUCCUUACUGACCUGGGCGUGCCACGCUCGUUAGAGUCCGGUUUGUUAGAGUCACAGCGCCCGCUGCUGCUGCGGGUGGUGCUGCCGGGGUUCCGGGAGGAGGUGAAGAGACGGCUGUUGGGAGCCGGGCUGGCGUGGACCGAAGGGAUGCUGGUCAAGACGGUGGUGUUUGAACCGAAGAGGAAUGCCGCUGUGUUCACUACAGGAGGUGGCAGUGCUGCUGCUAGCGGUGGUGCUUCUGGUUCUGCUGCUGAUGCUGCCGGUGCUGGUGGUGGUGGUGGGGAAGCGGGUGCAGCGACUGGUGCUGCUGCAGCUGCAGCAGCAGCAGGAGGGAAAGGAUUGGCCAAGAAACCCAGCCACAACCGAACCAAAAGCGCCGAAGACAUGCAAGAACUAUCCCCGUUUGUGUCACAUGCGGUACAAGAAUCGCUCACAGCAGGCGGCGGGCUUGCAAAACAGAUUCCCCUGGAGGACAUUCUGGCAGCGACAGACUCGUGGAGCCCGGAGAGGAAGCUAGGGGAAGGCGCGUAUGGCACGGUGUUCAAGGGGGUUGUUGGGCGCGGUGGGGAAGGUGGAGAUGGCGAGCUAUGGGCUGUGAAGCGGGCAGGCAAUGUGUCGGGGUCUCAUCUGGAGGAAUUUGAGAAGGAGGUGAGUUGGAUUCGGCUGGGCCGGGCUGGGCUGGGCUGGGUUGGGCUGGAUUGGGCUGGGUGUAGCUUCAUAAGGCUAAGCCAGAUUCCCCUGGAGGACAUUCUAGCAGCAACAGACUCGUGGAGCCCUGAGAGGAAGCUAGGGGAGGGCGCGUAUGGCACGGUGUUCAAGGGGGUUGUUGGGCGCGGUGGGGAAGGUGGAGAUGGCGAGAUAUGGGCAGUGAAGCGGGCGGGCAAUGUGUCGGGGUCUCAUCUGGAGGAAUUUGAGAAGGAGCUCGGGGAGGGCGCGUACGGCACGGUGUUCAAGGGGGUUGUUGGGCGCGGUGGGGAGGGUGGAGAUGGCGAGAUAUGGGCUGUGAAACGGGCUGGGAACGAGUCGGAGUCACAUCUGGAGGAGUUUGAGAAGGAGGACAUUCUGGCAGCGUCAGACUCGUGGAGCCCGGAGAGGAAGCUAGGGGAGGGCGCGAACGGCACGGUGUUUAAAGGGGUUGUUGGGCGCGGUGGGGAGGGUGGCAAUGGCGAGAUAUGGGCAGUGAAGCGGGCAGGCAAUGUGUCAGGGUCUCAUUUGGAAGAGUUCGAGAAGGAGAUUCCUCUAAAGGACAUCCUAGCAGCAACAGACUCGUGGAGCCCUGAGAGGAAGCUAGGGGAGGGUGCGUAUGGCACGGUCUUCAAGGGGAUUGUUGGGCGCGGUGGUGGGAGUGAAGGUGGCGAGAUAUGGGCUGUGAAGCGGGCAGGGAAUGUGUCGGGGUCUUUUCUGGAGGAAUUUGAGAAGGAGGUGUCAUUCAUGAGUCGCAUGGCCCACCAGCACCUCGUGCGCCUCACAGGAAGUACCAGUCCGGUGUCAUUCAUGAGUCGCAUGGCCCACCAGCAUCUCGUGCGACUCAUAGGCUUCUGGGCGGAUUGUGACGAGCGAAUUCUCAUCUACGAGUUUAUGCACAAUGGCACGCUCGCCUCCCGUAUCCACCGUGCCGUGGUGCCUGCAUCCCCUACUGGAGAAGCACCGAAGAAGGCGCCCCCUCCCCCUCUCACUUUCGACGAGCGUGUCGCCAUCUCGGUAGGGGCAGCCGAGGGCCUGCACUACCUGCACGAUUUUGCCCGCCCGCCCGUGAUCCAUCGCGAUAUCAAAUCGGAGAAUAUCCUGCUGGCAGCGGAUCUGCAGGCCAAGGCCAUUCCUCUGAUCACAGCAGGCAAGCUCAAAUCCGUAGUUGACCCGGCCCUGGAAAACAACUACCCACCAGGAGGGAUGAAAGCAUUCGCCAAUGUGGCGGUCAUGUGCGUCCAAAAAAGCGCCGCCCAGCGGCCGACCAUGGCUGAGGUGGCGACACGCCUGUCUGCCAUCCAACACAAGGUGCAAGACCUGCACAUUCAGGGGGAAGAGCCCAAGUAUAACUUCCAACCCACUAUCGGAACUGGUGCUCCGCCUGGUGCUGCUGCUGCUGCUGCUGCCGCGCCCAUUCCAAGAGCACAGUCGGCCCCUCGGCCCAAAUCGCCAGCUCCAAAGGUGCCGCAGAAAAAGGCUGGGGAGAAGAGCGGGAGUGGGGCGGGAGCAAAGGCAAAAGCGAAGGAUGCAGGCGUUGGGGAGGGGAAAGAGACGAAGGGGAAGAAGGCGGGAGGGAAGGGGGUUACGCGGGCCAAGACUGAAGGCCGCCUGAUCACCAUGACUGUGGAGACUGAAGUUAUUUCUCAAGCAGCAUCCCCUUCCUCCAACUACACAGCCACCAUGACCAGGGAUACGCCGUUCUACUAUGUCUGGCCUGCGACGGAGCCUCUCGUGCAGACUUUCGAGUGGAAGGUCGAUGAGACGCCGGUGUCGAACCUUCCGUUGAUGCUCUGCACAUGUAUAGGCUAUGUCGCGUUCAUUCUAGGGCUGAAAUGGUACCGGACAAAGAACAAGAUGGCACCAGUGAAUCUGGGCUUCCUCCCUGCCAUUCACAACCUGAUCCUGUGCCUCUGGUCCCUGGCGAUGUUCCUGGGAACGAUCCACGCAAUGCUCUUGGAUUCCGAGAUCAACAAGUAUGACACCGGCAUGGGCAAGUAUACGUGGCUUCUCUGUUUCCCGUCAACCGUCAAGCCAGUCGGUUAUCUGUGGUUCUGGAGUUACAUCUACUACCUCAGCAAGUACUACGAGCUCCUGGAUACUGUCAUCCUGGUGCUGAAGAACAAGCCGCUGUCGUUUCUCCACGUGUACCACCAUGCAACCAUCGUCUUCCUCUGCUGGCUGUGGCUAACAAACACGCAGUCUCUCCAGGUCAUCGCCAUCACCAUCAACACAGGGAUCCACGUGAUGAUGUACUUCUACUACUUCAUGCACAGCUUCCCCCCCGCUUAUUCUUUCCAUUCUUCCUCUCUUCCACUAUCUUUCCCUUUUCCCGUCUUUCUCUUGGCCCUCUUUCUCUUCCCUCCCCUCGUUCAUUUCCCCCUUCGCCCUCUUUUCCCCACGUUCUCCUCUCCCCACGUUCUCUUCUCCCGUUCUCUUAUCCCCUCGUUCUCUUCUCCCGUUCUCUUAUCCCCUCGUUCUCUUCUCCCCGUUCUCUUCUCCCCUCGUUUUCUUCUCCCAUCGUUCUUCUCUCCUCGUUCUCAUCUCCUCUCUUUCUCUUCCCCCCUCGUUCUCUUCCCCCUCGCUCUCUUCCCCGUUCUCUUCCCCCUCUCGCUCUCUUCCCCGUUCUCUUCCCCCUCGUUCUCUGUAUCUUUCGUUCUCCUCCCCCCUUCUUCUUCCCCUUUUCUCAUUCCUCCUCUUCUCAUUCCGCCUCUUCUCAUUCCCUCUCCACUCUUUAACCAUCUUCUCUUUCAUCCACUUACCUUCCAUAUUCUUUCUCCUUUCUUCCCCAUCCCAAAACCCUUCCCAUCCUGCUCAUCUUCCUAUCGCUUUCUCACCAUCUAUCUUGCUCUUCUUAAACCCCUCCCCGCUUCCCUUUUCUCACCACUCCCCGCCCUCGAUCUCCACCUCGUCUUCUCUUGUACCCCUGCCUGA